CCUAAGCUUUUUGGAUAUUGCAUAACUCUUCUUUGCUCUUGGUUCACUCCUGGGCUUUGUAGUAGCUGCUCACUGGAUUAGUGUGCAGCUCACGAGGCCUGGAGGUGCACAGAGGGUGCUGAAUGGUCUUUUAGAGCUGGGCCCUCUGUAGAUGCCUUAUCCACCCAGAAGCAACGGAUUGAAUUGCAAACCACGAUGUGAUCAGCAAUAAAGUCAACAGCCAAGCAAUAAAAGUGAAGAACUUAUGCAAACAAAGAUCCCAGCGGAGGUUUUUGUCCAUCGGCAGCAUAAAUAAACUCUAACUAUGCUUCUGAACUGCGGUCAGCCAUUGCCUCUCCUGAGGCAUACGGACGUGCCGCCUCGAGUCAUAGAAAACUUUAUCCUGACGGGCUACCGCUUCCCAAACUACAGCCUGUGGGACUGCUUACUGUCAGCGUUCAGGCCUACCAAUGAAACGGGCAAUUUCUGGACGCACUUUCUUCCUGUUUUCAUCUUUUUCUACUACUUUGUGGAGGUUUUUGGUUGGGAAGGUGCGCCUGAUAGCAGUGAGCCUUUCUUCUAUCCGCUGUGGAAUUACUUUAUUGGGGUGUCCUGUUUACUGAUGGCCAGCAGCAUGGCUCACCUGCUAAACUCAAUGUCUCUUGUGGUACGAGAGGUUUGCUUCUUCGUGGAUUACGGCACCAUCAGUGCGUACACGGUCGGCUCAUCGUUGGCAUACUACUACUACAUCCACCCUCAGGCAGGAAUAGCAGAGACAGGGAGCAGCUCCCGGGUGGAGUUGAACCGUGAGGCUGCACCCUCAGCCUAUGCAAUCCCAGAGUGCAGCGUGUUCUUUGAGACCUACUACAUCCCGUGUGCAUGUGUUGUAGCGAUCAUCUGUGUUUUAUCCUGCUGCAAUACUCGGCAGAGGUGGAGGCAGCAUCGCUAUAUCAUCCGGACGCUGGUUUUUCUCCUUCCGUUUCUCAUCUCCUCCACACCAAUCUUCUACCGCCUCCUCACCCGAUCGCCUUACUCCACCUCCUCCUCCUCCUUCACCGCUUCCACCCCCAUGGCCCGCUUCUUCUAUCGCCACUGCCUCUGGUUGCUGGUGUCAGCCAUCUUCAACAUUAGCAAGUUCCCCGAACGCCUUGCACCAGGACGCUUUGACAUCUGGGGGCACAGCCACCAGUGGUUCCACUGUUGCACGUUUUUGUCCAUCCUGGAUGAACUUCACAUGAUCAAGGCUGAGAUUAAGGCCACUUGCUGAGCCAGCGUUGCUGCUGCCCCCCACUCCCUCCACCUCCUGGAUCCCACCGUCGCGUCCACCUACGGAGUGAUGCUCCUCCUCCAGACCACCAUUGUCUCCAUCAUCGUAUGGUUCUCCUGGCGGGCCAACUGUAUCUAUGGAUCCCAGAGAGAACAGCUGGAAAAGGAGCACCCCAAGAAGCACCUGAAAUGUCACUGAUCACGGAGAAGUCACCGCCAUCAUUAGACCCGCCGUAUGUUCCCGCCCCCUUUGGAUUAUAAGGAUUAUAUGUUGAGCUUGCAUGUGUGGUUGAGUGCAUAUCUUUGCCAGUUCUUUCCCCAGAGCUGCUCCAGCACCUCCUAACAGGACGUCUGAGCGCUGGGACAACAACUACCUCUCAGGGCUCUGCAAUUAUGGUUGCUGCCCAGGAGAACUAAUGUUCCACUUUACGACUGGUUAACAUGUUAGACGUUAGUGGGACCAUUAAGAACAUUUGCUGAUGAGCUGUCUGCUUGUCCUUUUUGUUCUUCCUCCUCCCUUUGUUAUUUCGAGCUAAAACGGUGUGUUGCUGCGGCCUGUGCCGAGCCCAUUGUUUCAUGUCCAAUGAUUCCUUUGAUAACAUACCUUUUCUUCCUCUUACUUGCACAAACAUUCGCACACGAAUCUCAUUUCCUGUCUGUUUUGCAAGUGACCCUUGCAGCAGGAAGUGUGCGUUGCACGCGACGACAGAAAUAGCUGAGAGCUCUUCUCAGUCUUACAGUGAAGCACUUUCAGGGGCCGCUCAUACUCGCCCCGUCAUUAAGAAGCCAUGCUUAACUUUCUGUGAGGACACAACACUUCAAAGCAAAUAACCGUGUCCUUCUGACACCGCAGUUUUUGACAGGUGAAAUGUGUUUGUGUGACUGUUUCUGCUGUUUGUGUGGUUUUCCCCUUACGCUCUGCUGCUCACUGCAGACUUUAUAUCUUUAUGAUGAGAGCAAAGUCUGCAGAGCACUGUUCCACUUUAAAGGUUUGCUUUGUUAGCGUGAGCACAGUGACUGCAGUGGGCUCUGUGUCCGAGACCCUUCAUGUGCUGAGCAGCCUUCAGAGUCAAAGCCAUAGUUUGAAAAGUGUUGAGCUAACAUCACAAUUUCAGUUCCUACGAGCUGAUAGGACCACGUGUGUUAUCGUCAGCCAUACGCUCAGUGUGUCCAUUUUUUAAAUACAGGCUGAAACCAGCGACGUUCAGUGAGUCCAACAUGAACAGCCUGAGGCUGUACGAUCGAGUUAAAUGUUAACUUUACCAGAGAAGCCUCUUGAUCGAGCAAAGUUAAGCUUUGUGGCGUUGCUUGAUCACACCUCCUCAGCCGUGAGACUUGGACCCUGUAGGGUUUGGUUUAGACACCAUCCAUGUACAUCGUGUUAUUUAGAUGUGGGUUGUCCAGAGAAGCAUUAGUAGUGGAUGAAGUGGACAUAUAACCUCUCAUAUGCUGAGAACUCGAACAUGGAGGUGGAGCAGGUCAGCUUGGUGGCUUCAUUGCUGGAUGUCAAAGUAUACUGGGCGAGACACUGGAAGCACCAGUCGCUGCAGAUGUGUUUGAGUGUGAAAGAUGUAGAAAAGAUGCUCGUAUGAAUGUACGGGUGAAAGAGACCUGCUGUAUAAAGUGCUGGAGUAUGUUAGAAAAGCUGCAUAAGAACCAGAUUUUACCAUACAAAUCUGUACUGCUGAAUACAAGCGUGUGUAAUAAUAAUGAUGAUGAUUUUAGUUAAACAGAAAUAUUCUUCUGAUCAUUUAGUUUCAUGUCUUCCACAAAAAGAAGCGAGACAUCGGUGUGGUCCGGUCCUCCACCGCCGGGUCUGUGCUCUUCAAACGGACAGUGACCAUCUGUGUUUUUUUUCUCUUUGACCUGUUUGUUAAUCUCACGUGGUGACGUUGUGAUCAUGUACUAAAAUCUGCACAUAUACCUGCUUAUACUUGCACACCAGAAACUAAUUCUCAUGGAUCAGAGUUGUUUAUUACACGUGACACUGGAAUAUGUACGGAGGGAACAUAGAGGUUGAAAUCAUGCUGCACUUUCUUCAGGCUCCUCGCGUGGCUCCUUUGAGGGUCUGUGGUGCUGUGAUAUUUCAUUUCAGGUUAAAGUAUUGCUGUCUGAUGAACGGCCUGAGAGACUCGUCUGUGUUGAAGCAAUGUGUUUACCUCAAUUCAGCAUUCGAAUCGUUGUGUUGCUGAGAAAAACCAUCGCUGGAACCGAUCGUGUCCGGUUGAGUCUGGAAUCUGUUAAGCUGUGUUCAGUAUGAGGAUGUUAGACUCACUGACUACUCAUCUUACCUAGUGAAGUACUCAGGGUGAAGAAAACUCUAAUAGAUUAGUUACACAUGCGUUUAAUUAUGAAUGACUUCAGGAGGGUAAUUCUAGCACUCAGUGUACAAAUCCUAAUCAAAUAGUGUAUCUUUGAGUUUUCAAUAAAUGACACAGAGAACUUC